UGAUAUGACCAAUAUGCAUGAAAAUUUAAAAUCUUUGGAAGAAAAACGACAUAAUUCUGCGAGUAAUGUGGUAGAACAAAUGAAAAAAGAACUCAAGAAAAAACAAGAAAAUACGGAGAAAGCAUUUAAGGAACUUGAAGAAGAAAUUCAAGACUGGCGGAAAAACCAAGAAGAUGAAGCACAAAAACAAUUAGCCAUCGCUCUUAUUGAAUUGACUUUAAGCGUUGGAAAAAUUGUUAUUCAGCCCGGAGGAGUAUUAAAUUUUAUUGAAACGAUGAAAAAAGUGUAUGAAUUAGUCCUAAAUGCUUUAGAUAAUUCUAAUCUAGAAGAGGUCAUGAAGCUAGUUGAUAUAACUAAAGAUGAUGAUGUACAAAGGGCAAUGGAGCAAGCGAAAGACUUAGAAAAUAAAGCGAUAAGAAUUAAUCAAAUUAAAGAAGAGCUAAAUGCUAAUAUAAAUGAAACAGAUAUGCUGAAGAGUAACACGGAACAAGAUCAUAAAAGUGUAAGGACUUUGAAUAUCGAUGAUCUUGAAAAAAAGCUUGAAAAUGAAGAUCAAAAAGGAAUCCUGUCAAAAACGGAAUGGAAAUUGGUUGAACUUCGCAUGAUAAAAUUACUUGAAUUUGUAAACGCAUACAUAAGAGCCAAGAUUGAAGAAAUUGAAAGUUGUAAAGAACUUUUAAGAACUAAAUUGCAAGCAGAAACUUCAAAAAGAAAAGAAGAACGACUUGAACAAAGGAUUAAAUAUUACAAAUCAAAUCUUGAAUCAAAAAAUUACGAUGAAAUGAAGCUUCAAUUAUUCGAAAGUCUUAUAAUUAUCAAGUUUUGGAUGAUGGUAUACAUGGAAAACUAUAUUUAUGCUUAUAAGUAUUGGUCACUUUCUGAAUCAAAAAUAAAUCUUUCAGUCAUUAAAAACUUUCGUGAUAACGAAAAAGAUAAGGAAAGCAUUUGUCGUGAGUUAGAAGAUGCCUAUAUAAGUUUCGGACAUAAUCCUGAUUCUUGUAUGGAAACUAUUAAAUUUAAUGAAAAAAGAUAUAUUGAAGAGCUUAAACGUGAUAAAUCUGUUAUAAUAGAAAUUCCGUUUAAUCAGAAAGAAUUAAAGAAACGUGCGCAUUUGAGGCUUCACAAAUUUAGAGUGUACUUAGAAGGGGCUGUAUCUACCGAUGAAUCUAUCUCUAUAUCUAUUAGUAAUACGGGAAAAUUGGCUGAUAGAGACGAAAAAAAUAAUGAAUAUAACUUUAGAUCAGAACCAUUGGGACCCAAAGGAUUCAAAUACAGUGUGAAUGACAAAAAUGUAAUUAGUAGUGAUCCCAACUUUUAUGACAAGAAUAAUAAAAUUUAUUUUGUUCCAACGCCGUUCAAAGCUUCAGAGGAAGAAUUAACUCAAAAAGACGAAUCCAUUAUCAUAAUCGCAGAAUCAUUUGAGUGCCGCCAAGUGAAACAUCAAAGAAAUUGCUCCGCGACCGUUGAAAAUUUUCUAAACUCACAAGAUUUCAACAAAUGUUUUCCCUAUAAUAAAACCAGUGAUCAAUUUGACAAGAUUAAGGUUACUCAGGACAAAGACAUUUUAAAAUACGGAAAUGAGAUUAGAACUAUAGCAGAAUCAAUGUGUAGCCUUCCAAAAUGUUCUGACUCCGAAAUUUCAAAAUUCAAUUCUGAUUUUCAUUCGAAAUGUCAAUCAGACAUCGAUAGAAGAAGUCCCGAUGCUUUACAAAUAUCUACACUGAUUUAUGCAUAUCCAGCAAUUAGAGAUAUAGUUUGUUUUAGAAAUUCUACGGGCGGAUAUUGUAUUGUUGAAACUAUACAAAAUAUUAAUAUGAAUCUAAUACAAGGGGGCGAUUUUUCGAAUCUGACUGCGCCAGUUUUGUGUACAACUUGUAAUAAGGCAAUAGUUAAUACUUGGAUGAAUUAUGUGAAAUCGCACAAUCCUCCAUCUGAAAUUAGUAGUCAAGUUAAUAAUGAAACUGCUUCCGCAAACUAUCAGGUCACUAGAGCGUGUGGUCCUUCAUUUUUAGACGGAAAUGUUCCUAUUUCUCCAACUAGUGCUGGCGUAACUAUUUACAACUUGAGUUUUACAAUGUUGGUCGCCUCCAUCUUAGUAUCGCUUAUUUUGAAUUUUUUUUAA